AUGUGGACACUGACACAUGAGCUGAGUGUAUACAAGCUGGACACUGUAAGAACUGCACCCAUCAAACUUAUGUCUGGACAGACAUGUGUGUUAGUAGGGUAUUUUCUUUUGGUUAUUGGUAUCAGGAUCUUGCUUAAUCUCUGUCAUGUAUGUGCCUAUAAUUCUUCUGAGUGUUAUUUCAGAAUUGAAGAGGAUUUUCAUUAUAAAGGAGAUGUGGACAUCGGUGCAUUUUUUCCAGUUCAUUCUUACUACACAGGCAACAAAGUUCCACACUUAUAUGUGCCAUACUAUUUUAAUGACAUUCACAUACAGUAUAAUUUUAAAAACUAUGAGUUUAUUCUGGCCCUGGUAUUUGCCAUUGAGGAGAUCAACAGGAACCCCCAUCUUUUACCAAACAUAUCUCUGGGAUUUGAUUUUUAUAAUGUCCCACACAGUGAGAAAAAUAUUCUUGUGCAUGCAAUUCGUUGGUUCACAGGCCAUCUUUAUCACCUCUCUAACUAUAACUGUGUAAAGGAGAGAAAGUCAGCUGCUGCACUGACAGGACCAUCAUGGGCAAAAUCUGCCCAUCUUGCGACACUGCUUCAACUCUACAAAUUCCCACAGCUUUCCAUUGGUCCUUUUGAUCCUAUUUUGAGUGACAGAAGUCAGUUUAAUUCUCUCUAUCAGAUGGCUCCCAAAAGCACAUCUCUGUCUCUUGCCAUGGUCUCUUUGAUGGUUCAUUUUGGCUGGAACUGGAUUGGUCUGCUUCUUCCAGAUGACCACAGAGGGACUGAGUUUCUAUCAGAUUUAAGAAAAAAUAUGGAGAAAAAUACAGUCUGUAUAGCUUUUGUGGAAAUGAUCUCAAGCACAUGGACUUCAUUUUCCUACAAAUUCUGGGCAAAUUUGGGGAAGAUCCAGGAAUCAUUAGCCAAUAUCAUCGUCAUUUAUGGUGACAGCGAUUCCCUACAAGGUUUAAUGCUGAAUCUAGGAAAACACUUUUUGACAUGGAAAGUUUGGGUCAUGAACUCUCAAUGGGAUGUUACCAACCAUGCUGAUUAUUUCCUGGUAGAUUCAUUCCAUGGAAGUCUCAUUUUUAAACAUCAACAUGAGCAGAUGGCUGAAUUUUCAAGAUUUAUCAAAACAGUUAACCCAUUCAAUUACCCAGAAGACAUUUACCUUCCUAAGUUAUGGUUUUUGUUCUUCAAAUGCUCAUUUUCAGAGCUUGAUUGUCAACUUUUGGAGAGAUGCCAAGCAAAUGCUUCCUUGGAAUUUCUUCCUAGACACAUUUUUGACAUGGCAAUGAGUGAAGAGAGUUAUAAUAUAUACAAGGCUGUAUAUAUUCUUGCCCACAGUCUCCAUGAGAUGAGCCUUCAGCAAGUACAAAUGCAACCAUCUGAAAAUGGGAAAGAAAUGCUGUUCUUUCCCUGGCAGCUUCAACCUUUCUUGAGGAAUAAUCAUGUCAAAGACAACAUAGAUUUAGAUUGGAAACAGGAGUUUGAUGAUAAGUAUGACAUUCUCAACUUUUGGAAUAUUCCAAAGGGUCUUGGACUAAAGGUGAAAGUUGGAACCUUUUUCUUCAAUGCUCCGUGGGGUCAAAGGUUAUCUUUAUCUGAACAGUUGAUACAAUGGCCAAAAAUAUAUUCAAAGAUUCCUCAGUCUGUGUGCAGUGAGAGCUGUGCAGCUGGAUUCAGGAAAGUUGCCAUUGAAGGCAAGGCUGUUUGCUGCUAUGAUUGCAUUCCUUGUCCUGACAAUGAGAUUACUAAUGAUACAGAUAUGGAUCAAUGCAUGAAGUGUCCAGAAAGUCAGUAUGCAAACACAGAGAAGAAACACUGCCUCCAGAAAGUUGUGAGUUUUCUUGACUAUAAGGACCCCCUGGGGAUGUCUCUCACAACCAUAGCACUUUGCUUCUCUGUACUCACUGCUAUGGUUCUUGGACUCUUUGUGAAGAACAGAGACACCCCGAUUGUCAAGGCUAAUAAUAGAACACUCAGUUACACCUUGCUCAUCACACUGAUCAUCUGUUUCCUCUGUACCUUUCUCUUCAUUGGCUGUCUCAACACUACCACCUGUAUCUUGCAGCAGAUCACAUUUGGAGGUGCUUUCACUGUGGCUCUUGCCACUGUGUUGGCCAAAGCUAUCACAGUGGUUAUUGCCUUCAAGGUCACUUUUCCAAGCAGAGUGGUAAGGUGGUUAAUGAUAUCAAAGGCCCCAAACUAUAUCAUCCCCAUAUGUACUGUGAUGUACCUUGUCCUCUGUGCAAUCUGGCUAGGAACCUCUCCUCCCUUCCUUGACCAAGAUGCUCAUGCUGAACAUGGACAUAUCAUCAUUGUGUGUAACAAGGGCUCAGCUUUUGCCUUCCAUGGUGUCCUGGGAUACCUCUGCUUCUUGGCACUCGGGAGUUAUACUAUGGCUUUCUUGUCCCGGAAUCUGCCUGACACAUUCAAUGAAGCCAAGUUCCUGUCAUUCAGCAUGCUGGUGUUCUUCUGUGUCUGGGUCACAUUCCUCCCUGUAUACCACAGCACCAAGGGGAAGGUCAUGGUGGCUAUGGAAGUCUUCUCUAUCUUGGCUUCUAGUGCAGCUCUCCUUGGAUUGAUUUUUGCCCCAAAGUGCUACAUUAUCUUGAGAAAGCCAAAUAAGAACAGUCUUCAUCAUAUCAGGAACAGGACAUAUUCCAGAAUGAAUAACUUUCUCAAAACCUAG